CUUAUCGGCCUGGCCACUUUGGGUUUCGCAGUCUUCCUUUAUCUGGAGCCAUACGCACAGGACUUCAUCCAUGGCUCUGGCCAAGAGGACGUGGUAAUGGUAGCCUUGUACACCCUGAUGUGCAUCGGAGGCGUAACCCUAAUCGUGGCACUACUGGGCUGCUGCGGCGCCUACCACGAGUCGCAAUGUGCCCUGGGCACUUACUUCACUCUCCUGAUCGUCAUCUUUGCGGCUCAGGUGGCGGCAUCCGUGAUGGGCUAUAUUUUCCGAGAUGAAGUGAGUCCACGGAUGUUUGGCUUAAUUCUACCAUAUUUCCAGGCCUGA